AUGGUAGAAGAUUUUUGUAUUGAAGUAGAAGAUAUUAAUAAACAAGAAGAAGAGAAAGAGAAAAAGAAGAGAAUAAUAAAUAUGAUAGGAAUUAUAAUGUAUCAAAUGAGAAGAAGUUUAUAUGAGUGGGCACAUUUAAGAACAUAUUUUAUAAUAGAAAGAAUAAAGAAAGUUAUGAAAAUAUUUAUUCAUUUUAUUAUUAAAUAUAUGGAAGAAAAUAUUAAAAAUAAAGAAAUAAGUAAAGAAGAUAUCCAAACAAUUACAAUAAUAUUUAAAAUUGGAAUGGAAGAAAGAUUUGAAAUUAAAUAUGAAGAUAUAAUAAAACUAUUUAAUGUUAAAGAGUUUUAUAAUGAAAUGAGUAGUGAAGGAGUAAUUAAAUUAAAAGAAAAAAGAAGUAAAGAAGAAAUCAAAGAAGAUAAUAAUAAUAUAUUAGAUAAACAAAUAAUGAAAGGAUUAUUAAAUGUUGAUGUUACUAAAACAAUAAAUAAAGAAUUAGAAGAAAAAGAUAUUUAUGGAAAAAUUAUAGAAGAGAAUCAAAGAAUAUUUAAUUAUGAAGAAAAAGGAAUAGGAAAAUAUUUUGAAUAUAUUACUAUUCCUAUUGAUAAUAUUAGUGAAAGAAUUAAAAAGAAUAAAGAACAAAAUAUAAAUAAUCAAAAUGAUAUUCAAAUGAUUAAUAAAGAAAUUAAAGAAAUAUUAAUUUUUAUUAUGAAUACAUUUCCUAAAAUUGAACCAACUUGUAUUGGAUAUGUAGGUAAAGUUUUAGUUAAAAUUACAGAAAUUCAUGAUUUAUUAAGUGAAAUUAAUUAUCAUGAUGAAUGUGAAAAUUUAGUGAGUAUUAUUUAUUCUAUUAUAAAUAUUAUUGGAGAAAAUAUUGGGAAUAUUGUUGUUGAAACAAAUAUGCAAGCUUAUUGUGCUGCUCAUCUUUUUCAAACAUUAUUACCUAAUACUUUUUCAUUAAAAGAAUUUUUAAAGAAUAUAAAUAAUACAAAUGAAUGUAUUGAUAUGCCUUGUUUAUAUCCAAUGGCUGUUGCUUUAACAUUUUCUAGAGAAGUUUUUCAAAAAAUAUCAAAUAAUAAAAAAUUUGUUGUUGAUGAAAGUUCAUAUAAAAAUGUAUCAAGUAUUUCAUUAAAACUUAAAAUGUAUGAAGUUGAAUUUGAUGCAUUAGCAUUACAAAGUAAUUCUGUAUUAUCUACAAUUAUUCUUUCACCUGGAGGGAAGUUUUUAGAUAUUAUCUUUUCAUUAUUAUUAAUGAGUUUCUUAGGAAUUGGAUAUCUUGAACAAGAAUUACUAAGAGAAAAGAAAGUUGUUAUAAAGAAAGAAGAAGAAGUAAAAGAGAAAGAAAAUAAAAUAAAUAAACAAAAGAAAAUUAUUGGGAAAUUAGAUAUUUCUAUUACAAAUAAAGAAAAUAAUAAAUCAAGUGCUUUCUUAAAAACACCUAGAAAUAAAACACCUCGAAAUACAUUAACACCAAGAAAAAGUAUUUUAUCACCAAGAAAAGAAGAAAAUAAAGAAAUGAAUGAUAAAAAAAUUAAAUUAGAUAAAAUAGAAAAGAAAGAAGAAAAUAAUAAAGAAAUUAAUUAUGAUAUUACAAGAUCAUUACCACUUUAUCUUUCAAUAUUCAUUUUUGGAGAAAGUUCAAAUGAAGAAUUAAGAAAAUAUGUUUCAAAAUAUUUUAAUGCAUAUCAUCUUGAUGUUAUUAUCUUUUUAACUCAAAUAGAAUCAAAUAAUAUUGCUAUUGAUUCAAAUGAAAGAAUGUAUGGACCAUUAGUUAAAGAUAAAGAAAGUAUAAUGAAUCUUCGAUCAUUAUGUAGUUCAUUAGUUAAUUAUAAUUGGCUUUCAGAACAAUUAAUGGGAUAUAUCAUUAGAAAACAAAAUAAAGAAUAUCCAAUUCAAGUACCAAAUGAAUUAAUAAUUUUUUUAACAAGAGUUUGGAUUAAUAGAAUUACAAAUAAAAAAGAAGGAGAUAAAGAAGAUAUGCAAGGAAUUAAUUUAUGGGAAACAAUGAAUAAAAAUAUAGAAAAAAUAAUAAAAGAAAAAGAAUGGAAGAAAGGAGAAGUUAUAAGUCAAGAAUAUAUGAUUAUGAUGUUACUUAUUUAUAAUUCAUUUAAAGAAGAAAAUAAAAAGAAAUUUAUUAUAAUGAUUUUUAAUGAUAUUAUUAGUAUUGAAAUGAAUAAAGAAAUGAAUAAAAUUAUUUUAAGUAGAUUAUGUAUGAUGUUAAAAUAUAUGAUUGAACAUUUUAAAGAAAAUGGAAAUGAAAUUAUUGAAGGUGUUCAAAAAAAUAUUUUAACUAAAGACAUUAUUAUUAAUAAAUCAGAAAGUCUUAUUUAUCCAAAUUAUAUGAAAUAUAAUCAAGAAGCUCUUAAAGAAAUUAAAAAGAAAAUUGAAGGAACAGAAUAUCAAAAUAUUGAGUUUUAUAGUCUAAAUCAAGAAGAUAAAUAUCAAGAUAUGAUUAAUAAAAUAAGAAGAGGAAUAUUAGAAAAUAAUGAAAAGAAUGGAGAAAUUAUUCAAAGUAUUUUAAGUAAAGAAGAAUAUUGUAUUUUCAUUAAUAAAUUACUUCAACUUUUACAAAUAAAAAAAGUAAUUAAAAAUGAAAUAGGAGAUAUGAUUAAUGAAUAUUUAUAUCAUAGUAUUAUUGAAUUAUUAACUAUUUUACCACCAAGUGUUAAUAUAAUUGAAAAAUUUCAAAGUAAACAAACAUUUAGUACUAAUGGAAUUAAUGAUGGAUUAAUUAUAUUAAUUAUGUGGAUGAAUUUAUUUAGUUAUGAUAUUAAUCCUAUUCCAAAAGAAGUUGAAAAUAAUGCUAAAGAAUUAUUUAAAGAUUUAAUGAGUAUUUUAGAUACUAUUGGAAAUAUUACAGAAGAAAGAAAAGAACAAGGAAUUCAUUAUGAAAGUAUCAUUAAAAUUAUUAUUGAUACAAUUAAAAGUCAUUGUUGGAAUGAUAUUAUGAUUAAUGGAAGAAUUAAAGAAAUGGAAGAUGAAGUUGAAGAUAAAGAAAAUAUUCAAGUUGAUGAAGAAUUAUUAAAGAGAAAGAAAGUAAUAAUUAAAAUUAAAGAAGAAGAAAAUACAAAUAACACAUUAACACAAAGAGAAAUUUUAAAGAAAGAAAUUAAUAGUAUUAAUGAAAUAAUGUAUAAAGAAGAGGAAGAAGAAAAACCAAAAGAAGAAGAAGUUGUUAUUAAUAAUAAUAAAAUAAGAAUUAUUGAUAAUUUACCAAUAUUACCAAUUCAAAGUUUUAGUGAAGCAUGUAAUGAAAUAUGUGUUAAAAAACCACAAAUUUUAUUUGAUAUGAUUACAAAAAUUCUACAAAAAUAUAGUGAAAUGAUGAAAAAAGGAUGGAAAGAAUAUAUUGAAGAAAAAGGAAUAAAUAAAGAAUAUAAUUUCUUAAUAGAAUAUCAAAGCAAGAAAGAAGAAUAUAAAAUUGUUAUUCCAAAUAUUAGAGAAUAUUUUAAAGAAAUGAAAAGAAUUAUUGAAGAUAUUGAAGUUCAAAAACAACAUGGAAAAGUUGGAGGUGAAAUGUAUUAUUAUCAACAUAAAAAUUAUUACAGAGAACCAAAUUUAAUUACAUAUUUUAAAUGUGCUAAAGAAAUUACAGAUAAAGAAGUUAAUGAAGAAAUUAUGAAUUAUAUAAUUGAAUUAUGUAAUGGAAAUAAUACUAUUAAAGAUGAAAUAGAAACAAUUAUUGAAGGAAAUGGAAAAGAAAUAUUUUCAAAAUGGGGUAUUCAAAAUAUUAUUGGAUUUAAUGACAAUGAUAAUAUCUUUAGAAUUGCAGAAAGUUCAACUACAAUUCAAUUUUUUAAAUUUAUUAAUUCAAUUAUGAAAGUUAAUGUUAUUACUGGACAAGUUAAUGUUAAUGGAGUUAUUGAAGCAUUUUCACAAGGUAUUGAAGAAGUAUUUAAGAAAUAUCCAAAUUAUAUUGGAAAAUAUUUUAAAGUAAUUACAGAAUAUUCAUUAGAAAAUGGAGAAUUUAUUACUAUUCUUAAUACAUUAAAUGGUUGGUUAGAAAAAUUAAAUAAAGAAUAUAAAGAAUUUAAUUAUAAAGAAAUAGAAGGUAUUUCAUCAUUACUUGAAGAAAUUCAACAUAUUAUUAUGAUUAUUCCAAAGAAAGAAAAAAAGAAUGAAACAAGAAAUCUUAUUAAAAAAGAAGAAGGAAAUGAUGAUAUAAUUAAAAGAGAAGAUAAAUGUAGUAAAAAAGAAUAUACUGAAGAAUUUAAACAACCAAUGUAUCAUUGUUAUGUUUGUGAUAUUGAUUGUUGUAAUUCAUGUAUUAAAAAUUGUCAUGAAGGACAUGACACUAUUUAUCUUGGUGAAAUAACUACUAUUUGUGGAUGUGAAUGUAAAGAAGAAGAAGAUAAAAAGAAAGAUAAAAAACGUAGUAAUGAUGAAGGAGUUAAAGAUAAAAAACAACAAGCUAUUCUAAGAGCAUUAAAUAGAGAUUAUACAAUACCUAAAUUAAUUAAAGAAUUAAUUGAACGAAUUGAAGAAACAAAAGAACAUUAUAAAGAAGAGAAAGAUAGAAAUCAAAAUGUUUUAAAAAAUAAAGUUAUGUUACAAAAUGAAGGAAUUGGUAUUGGAUAUGAAGAAAGUAUACUUAUUGAUAAAAGUUAUUUUAAAAUGAAAAGUAGUCAAAAUAUGAGAAUUGUACCAAUGGUAUCUAAAGGAAUUAUUAAACAAAAUUUAAUAUGUUGUGAUGAUGAAACACUUUAUUAUGUAAGAAAAGGAAAUGAAAUUGAAAUGAAUAAUAUUCAAAAACUUCUUUCAUUAAAAGGAAUAGAAAGAAUAGAAAAUAAUGAAGAGGAUAAUGUUAUUGAAGUUCCAUUUGAAAUUAUUAAUAUGAUUUGUUGUCCAGAAGAGAAUAAAAAGAUAUUAGUUAAUGGAUAUAGAAAUGCAGAAAUUAUUAUUAUUGGAGAAAAUGAAGAAGAACAACAAAUUGAAUUAGUUAUGGAUAGUACAGAUAAAGAUGUUUUUAUUAGUUGUAUUGAAUGGAUAGAUAAAGAACGUAUUGCAAUUACAACAAGAAAUUCAAUUAAAAUAUUUGAAAUCAAUAAAAUUAAUGAAAAUAAUAGUUCCAUUAUUGAACCAAGUAUUGAUUAUAAAAUUCCACAAGGAGAAAUUUUAUCAAGUGUUAUUAUUAAAACACCAAUUAUAAGAAGAAUUAUUAUUAGUACCACUGAAUCAGAAUUGUUUUAUCAAGAUAUUCCUAAAUCAUUUGAUGAAAAUAAUAAAGAAGAAAUUAUUCAAAAAGAAUUUAUAAUAAAACAUGAGAAAGAAUUAUUUAUAAUGAAAUAUUUAGAAAGAGAAAAUAUAUUAAUAUUAAGCAAAGAAACAUUAGAAAGUUAUUUAAUUGAAUUGAAUAAUAAAGGAGAAAGUUGUAAUGAAGUAGAAACACUAUUUGAAACAUUACCAACAUAUUUUGUUGAAACAAGUAAAAAUACAAUGAUUAGUAAUUGUCAAGAGAAUAAAAGUAUUAAAUCAUAUAAAAUUAUGAAUAAUGGAUUAAAUUAUAUUAAAUUAUAUGAAAAAGAAGAAAUUGGAGGAAUUUGUUAUAGUAAUAAAGAACAAAUAAUAUUUAUUGGUAUUUGUAAUGGAAGUCUUAUUAGAUUAAAAGAAACAGAAGAAAUUGAACGAAUUAAUAAAUUAAAACCAAUGAGAUCAAAUAAACAAAGAUUUUUUGAAAAAAUAGAAUAUAUUAAACCAGAAGAAUAUGAAAUAAAAGAAGAUAUUAAAAGAAUUAUUAUUCCAGAAGGUAGAAUUCAAUUAUAUCAUUGUAAUAUUAAAUGUACAAAAGAAGUUAUUCGAGGAAUUAAAAUUUAUGUUGGAAAAAAAGUACCAAAACAAAUUAAUUUUAAAGAAAGAAGUUAUCCAAUUGGAGAAGGAGAACGAUGGUAUGAUAUUGAAUUAAGAAAAAAAGAAUCACUUUCAAGUGAUAAUAUUAAUAUUAGUUAUUGUUCUACAAUUAAUGAAGAAGAUAAUAUUUCAAUUGAAGAUAUUGAAAUUUAUGGAGAAAGUAAAGAAGAAUUUAAUUAUGAAGAAAGAAAAGUAAUUGAAGAAAUGAAAAAAGAAGACAAUAAAGAAGGAAAAGAAAAUAAUAUUUUUGAAGAAUGUAUUAAAAUGGGAAUUGAAAUCAUUGGAAUAAUUUAUAAUAUUACCAGAAGUACUAAAGAUAGAGAUGAAUAUAAAGAAGAUAUUAUUAAUAAAGUUAAAGAAAUAUAUAACAAAGGAUAUAAAGGAAUUAAUAAAGCAUGUCAAGAUACAUUAAAAUUACUUUCAGUUGAUGAACAAACAGAACAAAAAAUUAUAGAACGAUUUAAAGAAAUUAAUGAAGAAAUGAUUAAUUCAAAUGAUAAUAAAGAAUGGAAUAAAUGUUUAUUAUUUAUUUAUGAUAAUCAAAAUAAACGACCUAAUAUUCUUUUAAAAUAUCUUAUUAGUAAUCCUAGGUUUAUUGCAAAUUUCUGUAAUAAUGUUAUUGAUAAAUACAAUGAAUUAAAACCAAGUAUUAUUAGUAUUCUUAUUAAAAUUUUAUUAAGAAAUAUUGAAAUUAUUGAAAUUUCAAAAAAUCAUUAUAAACAACAUUUUGAAGUUAUUAAAACAAUUGUUUUAUUACCACAUCAAUUAUCUGAAAUGGCAUUAAUUACAAUUUGUCAAUAUUUUACAGAAAAGAAACCAAGGUUAAAAGAAAUUGAAUAUACUAUUAGAAGUAUUAUUCAAGAAAAUAGAAUUAUUGCUGUAGAAAAACAAAUUGAAGUUAAAGGAGGAGAAAUAGAAUUUGAAUAUGUUGAAAAUCUCAAAGAAACAUUAAAUGUAAUGGUAAAUAAUAAAAAUAAAGGAAAAGAAGAAAAAUUACAAACAAUUACAGAAACAAAAGAAAUGGCAAUUAAUAAAAUUAUUGAUGAAAGAGAACCAAUAGAAAUGAAUGAAAUGAUUUAUGGAAUUAUUAAUGGUAUUUUAGAAAUAAUGAAUCAAAUUAAAGAAAAGAAUAAUAUAUUUGGAAUGAUGGGAGUUAUAUUUUAUUGGAUUAUAACUCAAAAGAAUUAUAUUAUAAAAGAAGAAUAUGUUGAUACAUUAAUAGAUAAAAUGAUAGAAAUGAUUAAAGAAAAUAAUGAAGAAAAUUCAUUUAUUAUUAUUAAAUUAAUAAGUUGUUUAUUAAGUUCAUUAGAUAUUGAAUAUUAUCAACAAUAUACUCGGAAUGAAUUGACUAAUACUAUUUAUUCAUUUAAACAAGGUAUUUUACCUAAACCAUCAGUUUCAUUAUCAAGAACAAUUGCUAAAUCAAUUAUUAAAAAUAAAAAAGGAAUAGAAAAUGAAUUUUAUCAAUUAUUUAAAAAAGAAUAUACUAAAGUUAUUAAUGGUGAAUUAAAACCAGAAAGUAAAGGAGAAAAAGGAAUUAUUCAUAGAAAACCAAUUAGUGAAAAUAAUGAAUCAAUGUUUGAUGGUAUUGAAAUGAAAAUUAUUGAAAAUAUUAUGUCAACUAUUUAUUAUUUAUUUAAUUAUAAAAGAGAUAUGGAAAUUAAAGAAAAUAAUGAAAAUAUAUGGAAUGAACCAAUAAGAGAGUUAGUAAGUAAAAAUGAAUUUCAUAAUAUUUCAUAUUCAGGAAAAAGAAUGUUAUAUCAAUUUGGUGGUGGUGCUUAUGCAUUCCAUUUAAAAAGUGAUUCAGAAAUGUAUCAACAAUCUAUUCCAAAGAUUAUUGAAAUAAUGAACCAACUUAUUAAAAAACAAGAAGUUAAAAAUGAAAAUGAAUUUAAAGAAGAAAUACAUAAAAUUAUUAGAACUUCAUUUAAACGUCCAAAUUUAUUCCAACAAUACAUUAGAGAAGAUAAUGAAAUCUUUUUAUUGAUGAUUGAACUUCUUUCAAUGAAUCUUCAUAAUAAUAUUAUUAUUUUAUUAUUACAAUUACUUAGAAGUUCUUUCUUAAUUAAUGUAGAUAAAACUAUUAGAGAAAAACCAAUUAAAUAUGGAAUUACUCAACUUCAAACAAUUAUUGAAGAACGUCAAAAAGUUGUUGAGGAUUUAGAAAAAAAUAAAGAUUCAGAAAGAAUUUUUGUUGAAAGUAUUUGUAAAGAUUCUCAUAUUCUUCAUAAUAUUAUUCUUUCUUUAUUACAAUUAAAUGAUCAAUUAAUUAAUGUUGAAUUAACUAAAUUAAUUGAAAGUAUUGGAAAUUUAGCUAAUCAAUAUCAACGUGAUACUUUAUUAAAUAUUUUAUGGGAUUGUUAUCCUAAAUUUAAUACAAAUUCUACAUUAUUAUCAAUGAUUAGUACUAUUUCAUUCCUAAAAGCUCAAGGAACUUUAAAGAUUGACCAUUCUAUUAAUCAAUAUUUGAAUUAA